AACAAGAUGCUGCAGACGAAUAAAAAAGGAUGCAAAGAAUUAAUGCAGAGGAUGUUAUUAGCCAUAAUUUCCAGUAUAAUGGUACAAUUUAUUCUUAUAUGUUCGUUAUUUCUAAUUACGAAUUUGAGCACAAAUUAUGAAUCGUGGUUUCAAAGUACAUGGUCAGCAGUAACCUCGAUUCGCAUGUGGAGUUCUUUUUGUAUUCUUGCUACCUUUACGUUUUUUCAAGGAAUUAUGUGUAGCAAAACUUUCUCGAAUACUCCACCUUAUAUGAAAAGCAGAUUCACAAAAUUUUGUGGAAUGUUUACAACGCAGAACAUCCUACUAUGUGCUUUACAUGUCAUCAUUGGUGGCCUUCUUGUUUGGUUGCAUUUGUCAGUCAGUAGAGGCACAUACAGUUUUCUGACAGCAGAGUGUAAAAUAGUAUAUGGAACUUGUUUGGUGGAAGAACGUUAUAUCAUGUUCCUAAGUGGAUUUUGGAGUGGACUAUAUUUUUUCUUAAAAUCUAGCCUCUUCCGUAUGAACUAUUUGAAAUUUCCAAUUAUAUCUUUGUCAAAAGUAUUUCGAUUAAAGACAGAAAUGUGUUCAAUGCUUCCAUCGUUAAUGGCAAAAUGUGUAUGGCCAGUUUUAUAUUAUUUAACUGCCUAUUAUUUCUUGGGUUCUUAUUGUAGAUCUAUAAUAUUGUUUCUUUCAUCUGCACAAUUAGAAAAUGAACCAUUGAAUAGCAUUUCUAAGCUGAUGAGUCUAUCAUUGGUUUUCCAACUAUGGCUAUAUCAUUUGAUUUGUAUAUUGACAAUCGAAACCAUGUAUUUGUUGUUUAAUUUAUAUAUAACAGAAUGGGUUCCUUUUGAAUUCAAACAGAAUAAUGUGUUUAAUAAUGAUGACUCUGCUAUUACACUUCCUGAAGCAUUGUCUAUGGAUAAGAUACCAAUAAUGCAACAAUUAGGCUAUUUGGAUUUAGUUACCAUGGCACAAAAAGAAAAGUCAAGAAGGAGUAUACUGUUUACAUUAAGUCAACCUGGUGGUCAUCCUUACAAUUGGAAUUGCAUUGUAGAAAAAUGUACUAGCCUUGUUAAAAAGUUUUCGGAUGAUCUUAAUAAAGCAUGUGUUAAAAUGCAAGAGCCAUUGACUGUGAAUGCUUCAACUUCAACUACAAUAACAAAGAGCAACACAUUUCAAACGGGAUACGUGUAUCGCAUGCGUAAUUUAGUAAGAGAAGAAACGCCAGUAUCUACACAACAAGAUGAGAUGAAAAAAUAUGUUGAAAAUGAAUUAUUUAUUCAGAAAUUCAUAAAAACGAAAUGGAAUAAUUUACUUGCAUACUUGCUGUCUAAACCUCUGAUUUCUUACGUUUUUGGCGAAAUUGAAGGCGGCGAAGUAUACUACAUUUUAUUUAAUGGACAAACAGUUAUUUGGGCUAUUCAAGCUAUCUCUUCUUUAGCCAUGUUAUCUUUAAGUGAAGAUUCCUACGGAAUUGUGCAAAAGGAUCUACCACUUAUAAUUAAUACAUUACUUGGCUUGAAGCAAUCACUUGAUAAAUUACAGAAAUCAAAUAUUAUGGCAAAGAAACAAGGAGAUGAUAAAUUUAUUAAACAAAUCUUUCAAUCUUUAUGUGCCACUACAAAACGAAGUAUCUACAGAGUUGUUAUACAUUUUGAAGCUUAUAUUGAAGAUUUGGCAUUAGAUUCACCAACAAUGGAACAAUUGCAUAAUUUCCUUGCAUAUAGAGAAUAAGUUUUGUAGUCUAAAAUUGAAUAAACUAUAAUGUAAAUAUUAUCAUACUCCAAAAUAGUUACAAAGUCUUAAAAAUAUUUUUGUAAUUGUUAUAUUUAUAUACAUAAGUUAUAUUUAUCAUUGCAGUCUUUACAAAUACAUUUACGCUCACUGAGUGGAAUCAUUCAACUUGUAUAAAAACUAACUAUAAGUAUGUA